ACUUCAUUUUCUCAACCCUUCUUUGUCAUCUCUCCUUUUUUCCCCUCUCUCUCCUUAAACCAAAACCCAAAAAAAAAAUUGAGUUUUUUUUAGGGGAAGAAAGUAGUCAUAUAAUCAUAUUAUUAUUAAGUUAAAUCAAGUUCCGCCAAAGUUUGUAGGCUUCAGAGAUAUCAACUUCUCGAACAUCAGCAUAAGCAAGUGCAUUAUAUUGCAUAGAAAGAAAUAAUAACUACACUUAUGGGAAGACAUUCUUGCUGCUAUAAGCAGAAGCUAAGGAAAGGCCUAUGGUCUCCCGAAGAAGACGAGAAGCUCCUUCGACAUAUUACUCAGUACGGCCAUGGCUGUUGGAGCUCCGUACCUAAACUCGCAGGUCUGCAAAGGUGUGGGAAAAGUUGCAGGCUAAGGUGGAUAAAUUAUUUAAGGCCUGAUUUAAAAAGAGGAGCAUUUUCACAAGAAGAAGAGAAUUUAAUUGUUGAACUUCAUGCUGUUCUUGGAAACAAGUGGUCUCAGAUUGCAGCACAGCUACCAGGAAGAACAGACAAUGAGAUAAAGAAUUUGUGGAACUCUUGCCUUAAGAAGAAGCUUAGGCAAAGAGGGAUUGACCCGAAUACCCACAAACCGUUAUCCGAAGUCGAAAUCGAAGAAGAGAAGGCGAAAUCAAGCAACAGCAACAACACGAGCAACAGCAACAGCAACAACAGCAACAACAACAACAGAAAGACUGAUAAGUUAUCAGUUUCCACUAUGAUUAACAAUGACAAUACUAAUAAGGCCAUUAACGACCCGAAAUCGGUGUCUUUGUCUAGGCCUAAUAAUAAUGUUAACAUUUCUUCUUCAACAUUUUCCCUAGCACCACCACCACCACCGCUAUCGACACACGAGUUCUUCCCUGAUACGUUGUACGGGUCGUUCGGGUUUCAGAACAACCAAGCUAUAUGCUUUGGUUCAUCAAUCCAACAACCCUCUCGAACCUCGUACGACAACAACAUCAACACCAACAGCAACAACAACAACAACCAUUGUCAUCAGUACACAUCUAACAUGAUGCCAUCCAUCAUCCCUUUCAUGUCCACCACCGACGAGGCGGCGUAUAACGGCUAUCAUCAUCAACACAUGGAUGUCUCCUCCACCUCCACCACCACCAGUACAAGCCAUGAGAGUAGUAGUACUACUACCAACAACAACAACAACAACAACAACAACAACAACAACAACAUAAGUGAUCAUCUGAAUGGCAACAACAACAACAACAACAACAACAACGGUUCGUUUUUCGACAGUUUUUCAUGGGCAACACUGACUGAUCAUCAUGCUAAUUCUCCUGGUAAUAAGUCCAACAAAGAUGAUAUUCAGAUUAACAGUACUAAUAAUAUUGGAUUAGAUGGUAAUAAUCCAGAAGAGAUUAAAUGGUCAGAGUAUUUACAAAGUACAACACCAUUAUUAUUAGCAUCUCAACAUCAUCAUCAUCAUCAUCAUCAAACAAGUAGUAGUAAUACUACUAAUGUAUAUGGUGAUAUUAAGACAGAAGCAACACUAAUGCCCUUCACAAGUCCGUCGUCAUGGCAGCCGUCACCGUCGUUGCCGCCGCCGAUGUCGAGUUUCCACGGUACUGAUAUGUAUAACAAGGAUUUACAACGGCUUGCUGAAGCAUUUGGUCAGAUUUUCUGAGCUCAAAAUUAAAAAGAAAAAAAAUAGGAGGCGGGAAAAAAGAAAAAAGAAAAGGAGGAAUUUAUUUUUAAAAAAGGGAAGAUUAAAUAUAUUUAUAUUUAUAAUUAUAAUUAUAAUUUCGAUUUUUCUUAAUUAUUCCUCUUCUUCUUGUUCUUGAUUCUCCUAAAGUGAAUUGUGUGCUAUA